CCCAAAGCCACUGAGCAUUUGAGACGAUUCAACCGUAGAGUUCGGUGUCAAACAGCUGCAAUGGCGACAAAGUGGCUUGCCUUCUUCCUGUUCUUCAUCCAGGUAGAAUACCUUUCGUGCUGCGUUUUUGACAAAGUGAGUAAGAUACGCGUUGGCAACGAAACUCUUAAAACUCUUUAUGCAAAUAAGAAUGAUUGCUUGGCUGCCUGCUAUGCAAACAAGGAAUGCUCCGCAGUAAUGCAUUACAAAGCAGUCAAUGCAUGCACCCCAUUUACCAAAGGAGAAAAACCAAUCAACUGCGCAGACGAUAAGCUAGAAUGUUACGUCCUUCAACGCGACGAGGUGGAUCCAGUGUGCAAAACAUUCGUGAACUUUUGAGAAGAACGACGAGACUGCAUGUCAUUCCGCUUUUGUAGCAUUCUGUUAGUACUGC